CUAACUUUAAUUUGUUCCAUGAAUCUUUGAAGACGAAAUAAAUAUCAUUAAAAUGUUUCAGAAGGUUGCUCUUGAGACCUUGGUUCUCCUACUUCUCAUUAAUUACAUUACACAAAUCGAUGUUUCCUUUGCACAAUACUCUCAGUAUCCGCAGUCACAUGAGUCUCCGGACAGCUACCUCAGACCCCAUAACGCAGCCCGAGCCGCGGUCAGAGUGAAGCCCCUAAGAUGGGACUUUGGUAUAGCCACUGUGGCACAGGACUACGCAAACCAACUAGCCGCCGGUUCCUGCAGUCUUGAACAUUCCUCUGGACCAUAUGGUGAGAAUCUUGCAUAUGGCGGUGGAGACAUGUCGGCAGCUCAGGCGGUUGCGAUGUGGGUGGAUGAGAAGUCGUAUUAUGAUUUUUAUUCAAACUCGUGCCACGGUCCGGCUUGUGGACACUACACGCAGGUCGUGUGGCGUGGCUCAGCUCGGCUCGGUUGUGGUAAGGCUAAGUGUGAUAAUGGUGCAAGUAUUGUUGUGUGUAACUAUGACCCUGCAGGCAAUUUUAUUGGAGCUAAACCAUAUUGAUUUCAAAUUCAAUUGAUGAUUGUGUGUAAAGAUGUUUGUAUUAAUUAUUUUUUGAUUAUUUUGAAAAUUCAGUACAUGAGAUUACAUACUUCUUUUCUAUAAAAGUAUGGCGUUAAAAAUUGUAUAAUUACAGAGUUGUUGAGGGCCAACCUUCUAGCGAUUUGGUGUAAUUGCCUUGUAAUGUUAAUCUCUUUAUAACAUGGAACCCAAAUCACUAAA